AUGAAGAUUCGAAAUUGGUUGCUGAAGAUGGCUGUGCUGGGGCUAUGUCCUCCUCUCGCCUGGGCUCAGAUCAGCUCAUUCUCUCCCAAUGCGAAAAAUGAUAUUAUAUAUAGCAUCACCGUCCCAGCUGAGUCUGCUUCGGCCGGGACGGGCCCUAUCCUCUUCCAGAUUCAGGCCCCGACCACGUACCAAUGGGUUGGACUCGGUCAAGGCUCACGGAUGGCCGGGGCCAACAUAUUCCUCCUCUACACAGCAGCGUCUUCACAGAACGUGACCCUCUCACCGCGUGUAGGAAUGGGACAUGUCAUGCCCAAGUAUAAUGCAGAAGAUCAAAUUACUCUGCUUGCGGGGUCCGGGGUCCAGAACGGGAUAAUGACGGCCAACGUCCGGUGCGAGACGUGCCGUGCGGCGCCGUCGUCAACUUCGUCUUGGAUAUUUGCGUACAAGAAGGGAUCCUCACUGAACUCUGACAGUGUUUCCGAAGAGAUUAGCAUCCAUGACAGCUGUGGGGUUACCAAUGUAGACUUGUCCAAUGCGAUCUCAACAUCUGCGAAUCCAUUCCUCAGCUACGGCGCGUCUAGUAAAGCGACUGCCAGCUCCGACGACUCAGGGGCGGGUAACGACAUGCUUAUCGCACACGGAUUCAUCAUGGGUAUUGCAUUCGUCCUCCUGUUCCCCUCCUUUGCGUUGGCCAACACCCUCCCCAUUCGUAACGUGGCGACCAGGAUCCAUGCGCCGCUCCAGGUCUUCACCAUGCUCUUGGCUGUUGCAGGGAUGGGGCUGGGCAUCAAGCUCGGAAUAGACAACAAUAACAUCAACGACGUACACCCUAUCCUAGGCCUUGUGGUGAUGUCUAUCCUGAUCCUGUUUCAGCCGGCGUUGGGCCUACUCCAACACCUGCAUUUCCGCCAGACAGGUGGCAAGAGUCCGUUUGCGUAUAUGCACCGGUGGCUCGGCCGCGGGAUGAUAAUCUUGGGUAUUAUCACUGGGGGUCUGGGAUUGCGCUUGGCUGGAAUUGGCUCCCCAGACACACCCGUUGGUGCUGUGAUUGCUUACUCGGUAAUUGCGGGGGUCAUGGCACUGUUCUACGUGAUGGUGCAAAUGUUCCAGGCUAUGCAGCGAAGAGGACAGAGUACCCGAGAGUAUAACGACGCGCGCAAGAGAUCCGCGUCUACUAUUUCGAUGGCUCUCCAAGAGAUGCGGCAUCAUAAUACCCACGACCCGGAUUCAACAUGAGUUUAAGACAGGUGACGGAUAAUCGACGAGGAGUAGAAUGAUACAGAAGAAGUGGUUGCGUCAGGUUUUGCAGAUGAAUGCUGAGCAUGGAGUCUGGUGAAUAUUUUUGUACAUAGUUAACUGACUACU